AUGGAGAUCAUGAAUGUGGCCUUGCUUAGUAAGUGGAAGUGGAGAAUUCUUAAUGAUAAAGAGGCGGUUUGGCAUGAUUUUUUGGAAGCCCGGUAUGGUAAUAUUAAGCUCAAAGUUUUGGUUGGAGAUUCUUCGGUGGUGCAUAAUAAUGAUUCUAUUUGGUGGAGGGAUUUAAUCACAUCGGACAAUUAUGAUAAUCUUCUCUUGGAUAAUUUUUCUAGUUCAGUCCGUGUUUGUGUGGGUAACGGGGAGUCUACUCCUUUUUGGUACGCGCAUUGGAUCAGACAGCACUCUUUGAUGGCGAGUUUUCCGGAUUUGUUUGCUAGGGCCUGUGACCAUAUUAUUAAUAUUGCUUGUGCAGGUUCUUUUCACAACAGUGGCUGGAGGUGGGAUGUGAAUUCGAUUUUCCAGCAAGCCAAUUCUGUUUCAUCGCUGGCUGAUAACAUGACUGUUGGGGCUGGUUUAGCUGAUUGGAUCAGUGUUGUUAAUGAGCUGCAGCAGGGUGGCAGCAGUGGAUGUUUGACAGCGGAAGAGGUUGGUUCCAGAACAGCCGCCGCUAGCAGUACUGAGCAGCAGCCUCCCACCGUUUUUGGGGAGCUCUUGCGUAAUACGGAGUUGCUUAAGGAUGUUCCAGAUUCUUUCUCUUGGUCUUUAGGUCCAGAUGGAAUUUUCUCGGUUAAAUCUUGCUAUGAAUUUCUAAAAGCUAAACUGUCGGGACCGGAUUUGUUAGCGGACAAAGUUCGGGCUCCUUCCAAAGUCCUUUUCUUUUGCUGGAGAUUUAUACAUAAUCGUCUUGCAACUAGAGACCUCUUAGUGCGCCGAGGAAUUUUAAAUGAGGGUAGUGAAUCUUUUUGUGUUCUUUGUAUGAAGGAGGAAGAAUCUCGGACUCACCUUUUUUCGAAUUGUGACGUUUCAAUUACAGUUUGGCGUCGGGUUUAUAUGUGGCUUGGAGUUGGGGAUUUCUUGUCUUUAGAGGAAUUCCAAGACUUUCUCUAUCAUUGUGACAAGAUUUCUUGUCUUUCUAAGAGGGCUAUUUUGUCGGUGGCUUGGUUGGCGACGAUUUGGACUUUGUGGCUCAAGCGUAAUGCUAUCAUCUUCAAAGAGGAAUCUUUUAGCUUUCUAGAGUGUAUGUCGGAGAUUCUUAUUAUUUCGUGGAAUUGGUUGGGCUCUUUUUAUAAGAAGGCGCCUUUAUGUAAUUAUUUUGGUUGGAAUACCCAACCUCUCUUGUGUUUUACCUUGUAA